AUGUCAAGUCCAAAUAAGGGAGAAGAUGAAAUGCAAAUUGCUGAAACAAGCGGAAAUUCUGUGAGGGUUUCGAUGUAUAAACUAUCAUAUUCAGUCGGUGUGGCAGAGAAUAAAAAUGCUAAGUUCCGCAAUACCAUGGAAGACGUGCAUACUUACGUCGAAAACUUUGCUUCACGUUUGGACUGGGGCUAUUUUGGUGUUUUCGAUGGACACGCUGGAAAUCAGGCUUCUAAAUGGUGCGGUGCAAACCUUCACACAGAUAUUGAAAGACACCUCUUGGAAGAUGAGAGUAAAGAUGUUAGAGAGGUAUUGAACGCUUCAUUUGUGCGCGCGGACGAGCACAUAAAUACACAUCUUCAGGGCAAUAGCGGAUGCACGGCUGCCGUGGGCAUAUUGCGAUGGGAACUCCCGGAUAAUCUACCGAGCGAGCUUAUUGAUCUGGAGCAACACAAGAGAAUGCUCUAUACAGCUAACGUGGGAGACACAAGGAUUGUACUUUUCAGAAACGGUCAUAGCGUAAGGCUUACAUACGAUCACAAAGCAUCUGACAUUUUGGAGAUGCAGAGGGUUGAGAGUGCAGGAGGCUUAAUUAUGAAGAGUCGCGUUAAUGGGAUGCUUGCGGUUACGCGAUCGUUGGGCGAUAAGUUUUUUGAUAGCUUGGUAGUCGGCAAUCCUUUCACUACGAGCGUUGAAAUCACCACGACUGACCAAUUUCUUAUAAUAGCAUGUGACGGGCUAUGGGAUGUCAUAGACGAUCAGGAAGCAUGCGAAAUGAUCAGGGAUAUGACCGAUGCAAACGAAGCAGCCAAGAAGUUAGUGAGGUAUGCAUUGGAGAAUGGCACCACCGAUAAUGUUACUGCAAUGGUAAUAAUGUUUGAUAACAGUUUAUAA